GUGCUUCUAUGUGACGUAACUAUAAAAAUCAAAUGUCAAAGCUGUGUGAUUACAUUGAUAGAUUAUGAGAAAUAAUCUAUGCUCGAAAUGUCAUCAAGUAAAUAAUACUUUAUCACUAUGGCAUAUAAAGCAAACUAACAAAUCUAAUACGGAAUCAAAUUCUACCACAGUGCACGAGUUUUACACCUACACUUCUAUGUGAUGGUUCAGAGACUUGGCGCGUCACGUGAAGCAUUUCCAACAAACUACAAACAUACGUCAUCAACAGCUAACGCCUACGCUCACUCGAUACUCAAGAUCAGAUGGCCAGAAAGAAUAAGCAACAAGGAACUCUGGCUGGGUAACGAACCAAUCACGAACCCAUCGACCAACAAGUAUCCAGAAGAAAGUGGAGAUGGAUUGGAUUGGGCAUACACUGAGAAGACCGAUUGGGGACAUCAUGCACCAGGUCAGGUCGUCGAGUGGAACCCAAAGGGGAAACGACCAGUUGGGCAUCCCAGCUGAGGGUAGCAUGGAGGAGAUCGUG